CAUCGGACAUGUCGCCCGGAAGCAGAGACACGGACAUCAGCGGUCAGGGACUGACCAGAAGAAAAUCUUGUCUGGCUAUCUGGCGAGAAAAGCGAAGGAGACAUCAAGAUACAAGCGAAAAGUCAAAAUCCUUUUAUGUCCAAGAGAACGUCAAGACCUGUUUCACUGAUCAAACAGACUGGCAAAACGAAGUCAGACGUCAAGAAAGUAAACGAGCCCAUCUUUGUGUUUCUUGCCACCGUGCUUUCACAGAUCCAAGCAAUCUACAACGGCACGUUCGUUCUCAGCAUUUAGGUUCUCGCAAUUACACAUGCAGUCAGUGUGGAAAGGCCUUCGCAACUUCAAGUGGCUUAAAACAACACACACAUAUACACAGCAGCGUGAAACCAUUUCGCUGUGAUGUCUGUUACAAAGCGUAUACGCAGUUCUCCAAUUUGUGUCGUCACAAGCGUAUGCAUUCUACUUGCAGAAUUCCAAGUUCUUGUGAUUAUUGUGGAGAAUAUCUUUUAACAACAAAUUCGUUUUCAAACCAUCAACAUCAGUGUAUUGUGAAAAGUCAAAUUCCUCAGUUCAGUGUUUCACAAGAAGGAGAUAAGCAAUAUCAAAAAUUUGGAGCUACAAGAACUUUACCAUUAACUCUUAAAAAGUCUGAAGAAGCUUCCUCGGAGCAGCCAGUAUUGGAAUCUCAUAUCCGUAACUCAGAACUGAGGGAUUAUGCCGACAAAGCCAUCACUGCACAUGUGACGAAGACACCUUUAUCCAGAAAUUAUUACCCUCGAGAAUCUGUCUCUGGCAGUCUGCUACACGGUAAUAUACACAAAGAAUCAGAAAUUAAUCCAUCGAAUAUGUUUCAUUAUCAGCGUCAGACAUCACCUAAAGUGGCAUCUGUUUGCCCAGAAGCCCUUGCCAUAAAUGAUUUGUAUUCUUACAACAAGUUAAUGGAUAAUCAUUCAUUCGGAACUUCUGAAUUAACGAGAGAGUGGAAAUUAUCUGCCGAGGAGCAGUAUAAUACAAGGUUGCCUGAAUUUCGUCCUUUUGUGAACUUUCACAGAGAAAAUGACGAGCCUUUAGAUUUGAGGGUGAAUCAUAAACGAAACGAUCAUCCUGAAUCGGACGAAAACGGACAAUGGAAGUAUUCCAUGGAAUUAAAUCCUAUACACGAUGCUUCGGUAGAAACUGGAUGCCCCUUUCCCAUACCUUGGUCCAGAAAUUUUCAUCCACUUUUCAUUGACACAAUGUAUCGAAGCCACCAAGAAAACGUGGCUUUAAAUUUUCUAAAUGUUUCAUCAGAAUUCACACAUUUCCCUUUUCAUCAAUACUUUGUAGGACCUGUGCCAAGAGAGCAGAAUGUUUUAAGUUUCAAUAAAAGCCAAGUCCAUAGCUCAUCAAAUGAUCACUUCCUUAAAACCAAAAAGAAUAAGGAAAAGUACUCCUGCAAAUUUUGUGGUAAAAUAUUUCCACGAUCGGCUAACCUAACUCGACAUUUGCGCACUCAUACGGGUGAGCAACCAUACAAAUGCAAAUACUGUGAUCGUUCUUUCAGCAUUUCAUCUAAUCUGCAGAGGCAUGUUCGCAACAUUCAUAACAAAGAAAAGCCUUUUAAAUGCCCCUUAUGUGAUCGCUGCUUUGGCCAACAGACAAAUUUAGACAGACACUUGAAGAAACAUGAAGCUGAAGAUUAUACCUCCAUCGAAAAUCGUUUGCAUCAGAAAGGAUUGAAGGUAAAUGAAAAUUAUUCAAAUGGCAUGAAUGCGUUAUUAGGAAAGAUAAGAAUGGCAAAUAAAGAAUAUGGUACAAAUAAUUUCUCAGAGGUUUUAGAAGCAAGUAAAAAGUCCUAUAACUGGACUUAUGUUAACUCUAAUGAUAAUGUUGCUAUUAAAGCUGCUUUGAAUCAAAACGUAGAGGAAGAUAAUGAGAACUGUGUGCUGAAUUUGCAUCGAAGUAAUACAGAUUCCCUACAUUCGGACAGUAAAAGUUCCGAUAUCAGCAAUGAUACAGAUUCUGCAACAGGAUAUCAAACUAAUGAUGACGAUGAAGAAAAGAAGAAUGUUUAUAAUCACGAUGAACAAAAUGAAGAAGAAAAUUCAUAACACAAGAUCUUUUGAGAUUCAAAAAAGUAAAAUAUGAAUAAAAAUUACCAUUAUGCAUUUUAGACAUUCAACUAAACGCACGUGGUUUAUUUCGACCAGACGUACUUAAUGGCUCUUAACAAUGUGAGACAAAAUGUGGAGAACUCAGACAUGAUUUUAGGAAACAGAGAUAACGAAUUUACAAUAAAAUGUAAUUCGUAGAAAAGUUACUUAUCGUCAGAUAAAUACCAGGAAACUCUGAAGUUUUCCCCCUUAACUUAAUACCGAAACAAAGAUUAAUAAAGAAAGCAAGGCUUUGAAAAAUUCAUCUUGUAACUUUUAGAAUUCUCCAAGCAUAGAAUUUUAGAUUUAAAACAACAAAGUUCAUGAAACUUAUCCUUUUUCAGAAACAAUAUCUAAUUUGAAAAAUAUUGUUUGUUGCCUGGUUUAACGUUACAAUGCAAGGUGGAAUAUGAUACCAUUACUUUCAUUCUGUAAAGUUUGCCAAAACUCUUUACGCACAAGGAGGUGAUUUAGAAUUAAAUAUAACUACUAUUUGGUAUCACUCAUAAGUUUCAGAUACAUCCUAGUCUCUUCCACCAAAAAUAAGAAUAUUUAUUGACAGAAGAUGACAAAAUAAGACUUUUGAUUACUUAUUAGUGUAAAUGGAUUUACAGUAAAUUUUCUGUUACACAGAUCCGGAAAAAUAGGACACUAAUAUUUAUCAAAUAUUUAUAAAUGAUUAUUUAUUAUAACAGAAAUAUCUUUAGAUGUAUUUAGAAGUUUAUAAAGAAAUGAGUAUUUCAUACUGUUGUAUUUAAAUGUCCCUACAUGUUACAAUAAACAA